AUGUCGAAGAAGACCAGUGUUCUUUACUACAUUCCUGAGGAUGGAGACGAAGCAGAUCACCCUAAUGUGAUGACGCUUGAUAAAAAUGCGUCUCAAGUCACAUUGAAGGAUAUCAGAGAAGCGUUUCCUAUCCCUGGAACGUAUUAUUUCCGUUUCAAGCGCACAUUCAAGAAUUCUUGGAUUUGGUUCGAUGUAACAGAAGAUUCCGAAGUUGUUCCCAAAUUUGACGGUUUGAUCUUUGUGAAGGCUACUCGUUUGCCUGCUUCUGCCGCUCCAAAGAAGAGUAAGCCAUCCGUAAAGAAGCCCGCAAGUCGUCCGAAGCCAACAAAGCCUGCAAAGCAAGAACCGAAAAAAGAGCUCGAAGAGGAUUUUUUGCAUAAUAUUGAGAUGCCGUCAUCCACGCCCGAGUUCGUUGAGCCACAGCAGCCCGAGAUUGACUUCUUUAGCCCCGCUUCUAAUACAUCCAAUACACCCGUCAAUAACGACGUGUUCGGUGAAUACGACUUCCCCACUGCGAAACCAGUCGAUCCGUGGGACGCGAUCAAGAUCUAA